UGAGCCGACACCACAUGGUCGAUCUUCGGCGACCGCUUCCGGAUGCGCGGGGAACUAUUGCCUGGGAUAUGCGGCCGUUUCGGAAGCGACACGUAUUUUGCCCGCCAGUUCGAAUCGGUCGGUCGUCGGGAACGCACGCGAAUGCCCCCGUCUUCCCGGGUUUAGUGGAAGCGCAAAAAGCGUGUGUGUGCUGUGGGUUUUUGAAUCGUUUGAAUAAUAGAGCAGCAGUUUUGAUGAAGUGUCCGGUACGGAUCGUACGACUGGCUAGCGGUGUGUAGGAUUUGGCGGGGAAUUACGGAUGAGAAACAGGUGUCACGAACAUCGGUCGAACAAAUAUAGCGUCGGUCGGUGAGGUGAAAUUCAAUUCAAUUCUAACCGCCGUAGCCCCUGCUGGCGGCACGGUGAAUUUGGUAUUGAAUGUUUUUUUGUUUGCCCACACGUGAUCAAGGGAAGUUUGUAAGUGACUGGAGCGAAGGGAUGAGAUGUUACUGGCAGUUUGAGUGUGGAGUGUAAAAACUUUUACAAAACGCGUGCUCUCAACUCAAACGUUCAGCGUUCGGAAAGUAAAUUACAUGUUGGAACAACAAAAAUCGAUUCUAUUCAAUGGAAGGUUUUAAAGAAUACUUUUUGUUUUGUUAGUUGUUACCUCGAACGUGCUAGAGAUUACCAAAAGGUUAUGCAGUGUUCGUGCAAUCGGAGGGACCAGUAAUCCAUCAGUGUGUAAAAUGUGUACCGGAAUUGGAUCGACGUGUUGUGGUGUGGCGUUGGGUUAAAAUGAAAAUACCCCAUCGAAUGGUCGAUCAAAGAGCAUCCUUCAUUUGAUAACUUUUCACAACGAGUUGAUGGACUUUUGGUUGAGAGCUUUUUUCGUCGAUUAAUCUCAACAUGCCGGAAUUGAUCAUAGUUCGAUGUGCAUUAGUUUGUGAUCGAAGCUGAUCGUGUGUGAAAAUCGAAUGGAAAAACUAAGCAAAAGGGAGUUUCACAUUAAGUCUGCAGCUGGCAAGGAUACCGAUUGAAGUGCAGUGAUGUGGUUAGUGUAGUAUGUAGUGACACGUACCGUACAGCUAUAGGUGCAUGAAACGAUUAAAACACGAAGUGUGCAACGCGACGCGCAAGUAAUGAUAAUUGAAUUUUCACCAACCAUCACCGAACCGAACCGAAGGGAUGAAGCAGUAAGGGGUGUUUGAUUCUUACUACACAAUCCAACCGGUCCCAGAUAACGCAAUCAUACAUCGACCGUUAGUGGUGCAAUGGUGUGGUAGUGUUAGUGGUUUCCACAAAAGGGCUUUUGUCAUCUACGGUGACUGCGUGUUUCACGAGCAGAAAUCAAACGAGCAGAAAAUCAACCACUCGCCCGUAAGGAGAGAGCACGUACCGAGAGGCGUAGCAGCAAAAAAAGGGUAGGAAAGAUGCUUCGCAAUUGUGGCUGUUUUCAGCGGGCACGGCGCAGUUCCAGCUUCGAGGACUCGUCCUCCUGCCGGUCGUCGGAGAUUGAGCGGGGUGGCGAGAUGACACCGCACAGUGGCAGCCUGCUGAAGCUGUUCACCUCGAAGGGUUGGUGCAGGCAGUGGCGCAAAAGUGGACGCGGCAUGAGCAUGACCAAGAUCGAGCGAACAAUGAAGGCGGCCAUUCUCAUACAGCGCUGGUAUCGACGGUUUCUAGCCCGGAUCGAGAUUCGGCGACGUUACACGUGGACCAUCUUCCAGAGCAUUGAAUAUGCGGGCGAACAAGACCAAGUACGGCUGUACAACUUUUUCAACGCACUACUUACGCACAUUCCAGAGACUGCCGGACGUCCGCUGGACUCGCAAAACACAUCCCGGUCAUCGUCCGCAGAGGCACUGAAUAUGAAAUUUUCCGACGAAUCGGACGAUCUAGCCGACGAGGGUAUCACCGGACCGGAGCGUGGCUAUCAGGGGCCGGAGAUCAAGUUCCCGCUCGACAAGAAGGAGCUGGAAGUGAUUAUCGAUCUGUUUCGGAAGAAGAAAAACCGGCUGCACGCCAAGUAUGUGGCCGGGAUAUUGCGCGAGGCUACGUCGAAGUUGAAGCGUUUGCCCAACCUGAACCAGGCCUCGACCGCCAUCUCGAAGCAGGUGACGAUCUGUGGUGAUUUGCACGGAAAGCUGGAUGAUCUGCUGGUCGUGUUCCAUAAGAACGGGCUGCCAUCGCCGGAAAAUCCGUACGUAUUCAACGGGGACUUUGUUGAUCGGGGUAAGAAAGGUCUCGAGGUGCUGCUGUUGCUGCUCUGUACGUUCCUGGUGUUCCCGGGCGGUGUGUUUCUGAACCGGGGCAACCACGAGGACACGGUCAUGAAUGCGCGGUACGGCUUCAUCCGGGAGGUGCACCAGAAAUACAAACACAACGCCGAAAGACUGCUGAAACUCAUCGACGAGGUGUACCGGUGGCUUCCGCUAGGGACGAUAGUUAACAAUCGUGUGCUGGUCGUGCACGGUGGCAUUUCCGACUCGACCGAUCUGGAUCUCAUCCGUAGCCUAGACCGCGGAAAGUAUAUAUCUCUAUUACGGCCGCCAAUCACCGAAAGUACCGCUCCGGGUGCCGAAAUCAUCGAUAAGGUAGAAUGGAAACAGGUGUUCGAUAUUUUGUGGAGUGAUCCGCAGCAUACCGAGGGCUGCCGGCCAAACUCGUUGCGUGGCGCUGGUACGUACUUCGGACCGGACGUAACUAACAAGUUCCUACAGCGCUACAAGCUACAGUAUCUCGUCCGUUCGCACGAAUGCAAACCGGAUGGACACGAGAUAAUGCAUGGUGGAAAGGUCAUCACCAUCUUUUCCGCCUCGAACUACUAUGAAAUCGGCUCGAACAAGGGUGCGUAUCUGAAGCUGGAUCCACAGCUAGAUACACACUUCGUGAUGUAUACAGCGGCCGCCUCCAAAACGCGCAAGCUAACAUUCCGGCAGCGUGUCGGGCUGGUGGAAAGCUCGGCCCUACGAGAGCUGGCCGCUAAGCUACGCGAACGACGAAUAGAGCUGGAGCGAGAGUUCAAAUCGCGCGAUCCGGAUAAUAAGGGUGUACUACCGCUUGCCAAGUGGUGUGAGGCCCUGGAGAGUGCCACCAACCUCGGAUUGCCGUGGCGAAUGCUGAAGGAUAAGCUUGCACCCGCCGAUAAUCCCACUGCCAGUACGGCCGCUACCGUAACGGAAGUCAGCUACAGGAAGACGCUGCAUCUACUCGACACGGACUCAUUCAAAUCGGCCCAGAAUGGUACAACCUCGGUAGCGGAAUCGCUUUACAAGAACAAGAGCAGCCUAGAAGCCAUCUUUCGCAUCCUGGACAAGGACAACUCGGGCCAGAUUUCGCUAGAGGAGUUCGGUGAGGCGUGCGAGCUACUACGACGGCACUUUCCCCACAAUACGCACGAACAGCUGCUCGACAUGUGUCGUAUGAUGGACAUCAACAAGGACGGGCUGGUCGAUCUGAACGAAUUCCUGGAAACGUUCCGGCUGUGCGAAAAUGCCAAGGAGCAGCUGCUGAUGAGUCUGGAGGAGCGGGCCAAUGCGGAAAGCAAUGGGAACGGUACGGGCAACAUGGAGGAGGUCAUCCACCCGGCUGUGGCACCCGCCCAGCCCGGUGAGCUUCCGGACAGGAAUGGGAACUGUGCAUCAAAGACUGUGGACGAUCACGUCAAAUCGGACGGACACCGGCGAAGUAAGAAACGCACCAGUGGUAAAAGAGGCAACGGACAGCAGAACGGGAUGCCGGAAGCGGAUGAGGACUCGGACGACUACGAGGACUACGAGGCGAACGAGCAAGCGGAGGAAACCAAGGAGAGGAACGUUGGAGCAGUGAACGAGAAUUCUCCCAAAGGUCAACGUUGGGCGGAAGAAGUACGACCAAGGCCAAGGAUUGCAUUUGCGUAGGUGAAGUGCUUCCGGUGGGCGAUGGAAAUUGGUGAAAGUACGUUCGAGUUGCGUGCGGGAAGCUGUUAGGAUUUUUAUAGAAUUUUAAAACGCAAAAACCAAUACAGACAUGAAGCGAACCUUUUGGGAACAAUGAAUACACCGAUUCUUAGAUGUUAUCGAUCCUAUACACGUUUAAAUGUUACAAAACUAUGCCACAAAGCAGUCGAUGUGGAAUGGAACAAAACAAACUAUGGCAAUUGAAAAAUAAAAUAAAAACACCGCAAAAGCGAAAAUAAAAUGACAACGUGAAAGAAGAAGAAAAAAUCGGUAUAUGAUUAGUGGAAUGAAAACAAUGGUUUACAUAAAGCGCAUAGCUAAGCGACAAAUUGAACUUGAUAACUAAAUGAUAAAGUCUAAAACCAAAACAAAACCCACUCAACCGAAACACGACGGUUUCCUGGUGUUAGUAGCAAAACCAAAACUAAAAUACGCUAAGUGUCACGUACCGUGAUGUGAACAAUGUUAGAAACAAACCAAAUAUCACACAAAACUGAGUAGGCCAAAAAGUGAAACUAAAUUAAAAUAUGAUAAAAUCAUGUAAAAGAAACUCAACAUCAACGGAAACAAUUUGAACAAAUAAAAAUGUUAAACUUACUACAGCAAACGAUAAGCACACGAUAACCAUCCACUGCACGGAAAUUUCCCUUUUUCGAUCUUCAUAUUCAUGAUAGUUGGUCUAGCUUCGCCUAGCAUACUAGCGUACUAUAGUUGUUAUACACGAAUUAAAGAAAAGGUGUACCAGUUUAGCUAAAUCGCCAUUUGCCGUACUAAUACAUUAUAAAAGACGAAUAUAGCUGUUUUAUAUCGAAUCGACAUUAUAUUAAAGUAUUGCUAUCACAAUGAUAUGGCGUUAGGGAUGGAAAGAAUGGUUAAGAAGUCACAAAAUGUGUAGAACGAAUUACCGAAGCUAAAAACUAUUUUUAUCAUAAUACAUUAAGUGAAAAAAAACAAAGGUUAAAAACGAAGAGUUAACGAAGCGUUGCGAAAUAUCAUCCUCAAGAAUGCCAAAGAUGUUACCAACUUUUCUAGCAUGAUGAAACAACCAAAAUGAUCAAAUCAUUUUAAGCUUUAUCGAACGUAAACACAACACAGCAACAACAACAUUCAACUAUAUUAAGUGAAGCAGAAUGCUUAACAAGCGCGAUUUGUUCGGUUUCAUUACGUUUCGGUUGUUCUUUAAAUGUCAGUUUAUUACCUCGAUAGUUCUAAAGAUGAGUAUUACCGGUGUGCGUAAAAUUUUUGUUACUCGUAUGAUUUAGCGUAUAGAAAGCGUCUCUUUUAUGAUACCAUUUUAUUAUUAAAAAAAUAAAGUACUGUAUUAAGCAUUGCUUAUCGACGGUGUAAGCAUAAGAACAAAGACUCGUGGUGCGAAACGGGACAGUGAUUGAUAGUGUAAUAAAAUACUGAUUUUUCUUCGUUCUUGGUUCAA